AUGUAUGUAAGAAGUGCGAAGAGAAACGCAGCCAUAUUCUUCUUGCUUCUCUUACUGGGAGCUGACUGUGCCGCCUCAAGUGGCCCACGAUUUCCUCAUUGUAACACUGCUGAAUGGCAGGAGUGUGUGCCUUCUUCGUACAAGCACGUGGUUUUGCACACUUCUCGUAUAAAUGCAUGUGUCGUGUGUGAGGUCCUGAAUGGGAGUGUUGGCCCUACAAGUCCUUUCUCUUCUCUUGCUGGGGUAAAUGGUGUGGCAAUAAGAGGAUACCCAUUCCAUGUCCUGUCGGCCAUGAAACUGGCACCGCUCGAGCAGGAGAAGGUCAUCACUUUGGCUUUGAUAGAUGCAAAGAUCGCUGAUGUGAAGAACAACACCUUUUCUGGGUUUCCUGGUCUGAACAAAUUGUCCCUAAAUUCUAACAGGUUGACCCAUGUCAAGCAGACUUGGUUCACUGGCUUGAGGAGCCUCCUUGUGCUUAUUUUGUCCAACAAUAACAUCAGGCAGAUAGAGCCAGGAAGCUUCGGGCGCCUGACUCAGCUAUAUCUGUUGGAGCUAGAGAACAACCUGUUAAAGGUUGUACAUCCUUCCUGGUUCUUUGGAAUGAAAAGAAUGAGGUCCCUGAAUCUGAGGUCGAAUGCAAUCAAUAGCAUUUCUCCGGCGUCAUUCCAACAGCUAAAGCUCAUCCGGUUAGACCUGAGGGAUAAUGAUCUGUCAUGUUUGGAUGGAGAGGUGUUGUGGGGACAGUCUUGGCUAUCACGGCUAGAUGUCAGCAGUGGGAUGUUGUCGUCUGUCCAUGAUGGAACGGCACACAAAAUGAUGUGGAGUCUACAUCGGGUAGCCAGUGUGACGAGAGGGUUAGUUACAAUGGUCGUUGAGGUACCUAAGUUCCUCUUCUGUGUCAGGCAAAAUGCUCACGAACUCUCGCUCUGGUGGAUGUUUGUUUCUUCCGACAACGUGACUGGUAACACCGAUAUUGGAGCGCUUAACCCUUUCAGAUCAUGUGGUGAUUUGGAUAGCUCUCUGAGCACGAUCUCCAUCCAGCCCCCUGUAGUUGUCCUGGCUUCUAACGGCUCUCUGGAAGACACACUGGACACCAAAACGCUUGAGCAGUGCAGGCAGGUUUGGGAAUAUGACGGUGGCAUUACGGUGGCCCUGGUGAAAAACCCAAUCUUUCGAUUGGUUUCCAUGCCCAUACACACAGGCACAGAGAGUACGGUCUCUAAAGGUAUUGCCAUGUCGUUUGUCCAGACACGAGACACGAGCACACUCACCACUUCAGAGUCUGGCAGUAGCCAACAGCACACUACUCACACAGACAUCACCCAUGACAAGACAAAGAACAUCACUUGCAUUCUUCUCAUCAGAGGCGAACACACAAAGGUGUUCUUCACUGUUCCCUUGGUUCAGCGUAACACCCACACAACAGAAACAACAUACAGAACGGGCACUGACCACUCCAGCAGUCAGACACACUACUUUGAUACUACAGAGAAAGAUUACACAUCUUCAGAACCGGUAGACCUGUUUACACUUGAGGGUAAUACCACACCUGGACCGGAUGUAGAGGUGGUUCAGACACCAGGUCAUGUUCUCAUCCCAGCUGUUGUCUCGACAGUGGUUGUUCUGGUCGUGUCGUUCCUUGCAGUGUUGAUAUGGAAGGUGUGCGCAGCAAGGUCAAACACCGAGGAUGAUGACAGGGCCAGCGACGAUGCCCACAUUUGGACAAUCCCGCCUGGCGUUACCUUCCCCGGCUUGCUGAGGUCUGCUUCUCUCCCCACGUGUUCAGGCAAGAUGGCGUCGGAUGACGCAGUCUCCUGUAGGUCAUUGCCCGCUGUCCUACACUCCAUCGAACCUAUUUACAGCGUGAUCCCAGAUGACGUAGCGACUGCACAGAGGCCUUUGCCCGGUCUCCCACACGUGUACUGUGACAUCCCAGAUGACGCGAUCUCCGGUGUGGUCCGGUCAGCAUCCCUCCCUGCGUGUACUCCCGGGGGCGGUCCAGACGACGCGACAUCCUGUAGGUCAUUGCCGGCUGUCCUACCGUCCAUUGAACCCACCUACAGCCAGAUCCCAGAUCACAUGGCCGCUGCUCACCGCCCCCUGCCCGCCCUCCCGCACACUUCCUGGGAGAUCCCAGAUCACCACACUGCCACACAGCGUCCCCUGCCUGUCUCACAUCAUACCUACAGUGAGAUCCCAGAUGACGAGGAGAGCGGACCGAUGUCUUUCUAUGCUGAUGCUGGAGAGAUCUUGCUUCAUGUCGUCACAAACAGGCGACAGAACCGACGGUCUGGACGAUCCAUGGCCACAUAUGGGUCGACUGGACAGACCGACGGCCAGCGAAAUCCCUUCUACAGAAACGCCGCCGAGGUCGAAGGUAUAAGGUCCCGGCGACAGCAGAGGACAGCGUUGGUAUCUCAGCCUGCUGACCAAGGUGUGAGCAGGUACGUCAACGUCACAGAUGCAAUCCUGUCCAGAGGUGAAGACGUCACAAGAGCUCAUAUCGCUUUUCUCACACAGCCUAACACAUAUAGGUCAUGGGAGAUCCAAGGGGAGGGAAGCCGUAUUACACCACGGCGUGCAUCCCUCCCCACCGUCACACUACCUAACACCUACUGGCCAUGGGAGCUCCCAGGGGACGGAACCCAUUUCACACGACGACGUGUGUCCCUCCCCACAGUCACACUACCUAACACCUACUGGCCGUGGGAGAUCCCUGGAGAGGGAACCCGUAACAAACCACGGCGUGCGUCCCUCCCCACCGUCACACUACCUAACACCUACUGGCCAUGGGAGAUCCCAGGGGACGGAACGCAUUUCACACGACAACGUGUGUCUCUUCCCACCGUCAUACUACCUAACACUUACUGGCCAUGGGAGAUCCCAGGGGAGGGAACCCAAAACACAGCACAGCGUUCGUCCAUUCACCUCACACUUCCUAACACCUACUGGCCGUGGGAGAUCACAGGGGAGGGAACACGUAACACAACACGGCGUGCUCCCCUUCCCACUGUCACACUACCUAACACCUACUGGCCGUGGGAGAUCCCAGGGGAGGGAACCCAAAACACAUGUACAGCACAGCGUUCGUCCAUUCACCUCACACUGCCUAACACCUACUGGUCAUGGGAGAUCCAAGGGGAGGGAAGCCGUAUUACACCACGGCGUGCGUCCCUCCCCACCGUCACACUACCUAACACUUACUGGCCGUGGGAGAUCACAGGGGAGGGAACACGUAACACACCACGGCGUGCUCCCCUUCCCACCGUCACACUACCUAACACUUACUGGCCAUGGGAG